CGAUUAUAUGUAGUUUAAUCAAAUGCGUGAUUCCUUUUUCAACUUUGGAAACUGUGAUGAAUGAGGAGGCUUGUUUGACUUUGAUUUUCUAUAAACGGUGAAUCCACCGAAGAAGGCUUUUACAACCGUCAGUGUUUAUUUUGAAUACAGGCAAACUCUUUAUUUCCGCACCAUAAUUUGGACAUAUGCACUCAUCUGCCAUUGGCACAUUUCUGCGCUGCCUGCUAAUUUUGGGUUUAUUCUGGCCAACACAGUAACUAUUUGAUUGCGGGUGCUUCUCUAAAAGGCUUCUUUGCUUGAUUCUUGGAUACCCAUAUGUUCAAUUGGAGCUUCUGCUCGUCUGAUUUGCAAUUUGAAGGGCUUAUUGAGAACAGUCACCGGCUAUUUUGAGAGUACAAGAUUUCCUCCAGCGACAUGGAAUGCUGCAUGUUUAGACCGAGGAUCAGCUGCUUCCACAAGAUGGUGUCGGGUGUGAAUUCUGCGUUUAGUACUGGAAAAGGAAAGAGCCAGCAGAGUCCAAGGAGCAUUGUUCAUGGAUUCCAUCUAGUGGAAGGCAAGUCAAGCCAUCCUAUGGAGGACUAUCAUGUUGCUGAGUUCAAGAAAAUCGAAGGCCAUGAGUUGGGGUUGUAUGCCAUCUUUGAUGGUCACUUAGGUGACAAUGUGGCCUCGUACCUGCAGAAGAACUUGUUUCAAAAUAUCUUGAGUGAGGCUGAAUUUUGGUCUGAUCCUUGUAAAGCCAUUGCUAAAGCCUAUGAAAAGACAGACACAUCCAUUCUUGGAAAGACAACAGAGCUGGGUCCUGGAGGUUCAACUGCUGUAACAGCUAUCCUGAUUGAUGGAAAAAAGCUCGUGGUCGCAAAUGUUGGGGACAGUAGAGCUGUUCUCUGCCAGAAUGGAAGAGCUAUACAGCUCUCAGUUGAUCAUGAGCCAGGCACCAGCACUGAACGUGGAAGCAUCGAACAUAGGGGUGGUUUUGUCUCAAACAUGCCAGGAGAUGUACCUAGGGUAGAUGGGCAGCUAGCAGUUUCUCGAGCAUUUGGAGACAAGAAUUUGAAAUUGCAUCUUCGAUCAGAUCCUGAUGUUAAAGUAGUUGAGAUCAAUUCUGGAACUACAUUUCUAAUUUUGGCCAGUGAUGGUUUAUGGAAGGUCAUGGAGAAUCAGGAGGUGGUUGAUUUUAUUAAAAAAACAAAGGAUCCACAAGUAGCAGCAAAGCAUUUAGCAGCUGAAGCAGUAAACAGGGAAAGCAAAGAUGAUAUCUCUUGCAUUGUAGUUUCUUUCAGAUGAUUUAUCUUAUAGCUAGUAAUGGGCACACGCAUUCCCAUGGUUCUGCUUCAGAUCAAGGCAGUGAUUCCGAUUCUUUUGAUUAUGACUGUAUAGUUUUACAAAUUUGUGCUACAAGGAUUGACUAUUGCCAGGGGUCUUACCACUCUAGAGUCUAUUGAGGAAGUGAAGGGUCCCGAUUUGGCAAAUUGCCAAACAAGAAGGCUGAUUAGCAGAAUUUUUAUACUUGCAUAUUGUACAGAAGUGAACCUCUCAUGACAGUACCUCCACGGAGUGCUGUCUAAUUCAUUUUAAUAUCCAGGUGCAAAACUUGGAGGUAAUACUGUUAGCCUGCAUACGAUACAAAUAUAAUGGGUGGUAUAUCCUCCCACUAGAAAUUCGAUCCAUAUUCUUAUAAUUCAUUCUGAACCAAUGCUCAUGAUAUGCAAACAUACCUGACUGUGAUCCAAGAGAUUGUUUGCCUAACUAGAGUUUAUCAGACGAUGGCAAUUUUAGAUUCAGUGAUAUAUUGACUGACUGAUCACUGAAUCUAUCCUGUUUUUUCAUGUGGGAUUCUUAGUGUUUAUCGAGUGGUACUGAUUGUGGAUUUCAUGGGUAUUACCCGAUGUUGUUGAACACCCAUUUUGCAAUUGUAGAAUGAGAUACUGGGAAAUGUUUCGGAGGAGAAUUUUAUUUU